AUGAUCAUUGAAGCUUUUAACUGCCGGGGGUUGGGGAACGGCCCGGCAGUGCGUGGGCUUCUGGAUAUCCGGAAGAAAGAUGACCCCGAUGUCCUUUUUCUGUCAGAGACUAAACUGAAGAAGGAUAAAAUUGAUUGGUUACGAUGGAAGAUUGGAAUGCCGAAUAUGAUGGUGAAGGAUUGUGAUGGGAAGGGAGGAGGUCUGGCAUUGUUUUGGAAGAACACCAUAAAUCUUAGGGUGAUCGGUUUUGUCUCCAAAUAUCACAUAGAUACGGAGAUAACGGAGGCAGAUGGUUUUGUGUGGAGAUUUACAGGAAUAUAUGGAGAACCAAAAACGGAGGAGAGGGAGAAGACUUGGCAGUUGUUACGGACAUUGAAGCAUCAGAACGAUAAACCAUGGAUUUGCAUUGGUGAUUUCAACGAAACCUUGCAUACAUGGGAGAAGGAGGGAGGAGUUCCUAAACCGCAAUGGCGUAUGGAAAAAUUUAGAGCGGCUCUGGAGUUUUGUAACCUUGAUGAUCUGGGGUUUAUGGGUGAUGCUUUCACCUGGAGAAAUAAUAGUCAUACUGCCGAGGCAUACAUAAAGGAGCGUUUGGAUAGAGCCGUUGCUUCACCGGAGUGGAGGAGGAGAUUUCCAGCAUAUAGAGUGACAAAUGGUGAUCCCCGGCAUUCUGACCAUAGACCUGUAAUAGUUGAUACACAGGGAAGCUCAUGCAAAAGGCGGACACCGAAUCGUGGCACUCUGCCAAGAUUUGAGGCGAGAUGGCUGGAGGAGGACGAGUGUAGGAGUUUAGUGGAGAAUGAAUGGACAAAAAAGAUGGAGGUGGAGGGUACAGGUGUGAUGGAAGGGGUUCGUGGAGUGUUGGGGGAAUUAUUAGAUUGGAGUCGUAAUGUUCUGGGGGAUUUGGAGAAGAGGAUCAGUAGGAUGAAGAAGGACCUUGAGGCGUGUAGAAGGAAGGAAAUCACUGCUGAAUCUAUUAAGAGGGAAGAAAUUCUGAGAUUUAAAUUGAGUAGAUUGGAGGAUCAAAAGGAAACAUAUUGGAAGCAAAGGGCACAUGCUGAUUGGUUGAAAGGAGGGGAUAGAAACACUAAAUAUUUUCAUUCUUUGGCAUCAGAAAGGAAGAAAAUGAAUCGUAUUAUGAAGUUAAAGAGGGAGGAUGGAGUUGAGGUGGAGGAGGAGGAGGCCAUGAAAGAGGUGGUGACUAACUAUUUUUCCAAACUUUUUACUUCCUCUACAGGCACACGUAUGGAUGAAUUAUUGGGUCACAUAGAUCAAAGGGUAACAGAGGCAAUGAAUACAGAGCUGUGCAAAGAGUUCACAUCCAGGGAGAUUGUGGAUGCGUUGGAGAGCAUUGGGGACUUUAAAGCUCCUGGUUUGGAUGGUAUGCACUCAAUCUUUUAUAAGAAAUUCUGGGAUAUUGUGGGGGAGAAGGUUACAGAGGAAGUGUUGGGUGUUCUUAAUGGUGGCCCAAUGCCUCCUGAUUGGAAUGAAACUUGUAUUGUACUUAUUCAAAAAACAACCAAUCCAGAUUGUAUGAAAGAUUUGAGACCUAUAAGCCUUUGCAAUGUGGUGUACAAGCUAGUCUCCAAAGUUCUUGCUAAUAGGCUAAAGUUAAUCCUAGACGAUAUUAUUUCCCCAAAUCAAAGUGCUUUUGUUCCAGGAAGAAUGAUUUCUGACAACAUCCUCCUUGCAUAUGAGUGCACCCAUUAUAUGAAAACCAAGAAGCAAGGGAAGGAGGGGUAUGCAGCAGUAAAACUUGAUAUGAGCAAGGCCUAUGAUAGAGUAGAGUGGGAAUUUUUGGAGAGAGUGAUGAGGAAGCUAGGUUUUGCGGAUAGAUGGGUUCAGCUUGUUAUGACGUGUAUCACCUCGGUUAACUACCAAGUAAAGGUGAAUGGUGCUCUUACUGAUAUCAUUACACCGCAAAGGGGCCUUCGCCAAGGUGACCCAUUAUCACCAUAUUUAUUUCUCCUGUGUGCGGAGGGUUUUUCUUCUAUGCUGAACAAGGCCGAGUUGAGAGGAGAAUUGGAGGGGAUACAGAUUUGCAAUGGUGCCCCAAGUUUUAACCAUCUUUUGUUUGCAGAUGACUCACUGGUACUGAUAAAAGCAAACCGCGAAAGUGCCAAGUCUCUGCAAAAUUUACUACAACUUUAUGAGGUGUGCUCGGGGCAAACUAUCAACUUUGAUAAGUCUUCAGUGAUGUUUAGUGAAAAUACAAGUGAAGACAGGAGAAGACAAGUCUUGACCGAAUUGCACAUUAGUGAGGAGGCCAAGACGGUUAAGUAUUUGGGUCUACCGGUGUAUGUGGGUAGAUCGAGGAGUAAAACAUUUGAGUAUUUGUUGGAGAGGAUAUGGAAGAAAAUACAAGGUUGGAAGGAACGGAUGCUAUCAAAAGUUGGGAAAGAUAUUCUCAUUAAAGCAUGUGCCCAGGCCAUUCCAACUUUUGCUAUGUCCUGUUUUGAUCUAACAAAAAAUCUCUGUGAAAAGAUAAGUACGAUGAUAUGUAGAUGGUGGUGGUCGCAAAAUGACAAGGAGAACAAGAUGCACUGGUUGAGUUGGGAUCAACUAUCGAAGCCUAAGAGUGAGGGUGGACUUGGGUUUCGUGAUCUGUAUGGGUUUAAUCUGGCAAUGCUAGCGAGACAAGGGUGGAGAAUGCUCAUGAACCCGGAGUCUCUCUGUGCUAAGGUAUUGAAAGCAAGAUAUUUCCCAAAUUCAUCGAUCCUCCAGGCAACAGCAACACCGGGUAUCUCUUACUCAUGGAGGAGUAUUCUGAAAGGUAUUAAUUUGCUCAAGGAAGGUCUUAUUUGGCGAAUUGGUGAUGGGGCCAAGGUGAACAUCUGGACAGAUCCUUGGAUUAAAAGGGAGGGUAGUAGGGUGCCAAUUACUCCAAGACGCCAAUGUUUACUGACAAGAGUGGAAGAACUAGUUGACCCACUUACUGGACAAUGGGAUGAACAGAUUGUCCGCGAUACUUUCUGGGAUAUGGAUGCACGCAUUAUUUUGGCUACACCGCUAAGGGCUGAUUUUGAGGAUUAUCCUGCUUGGCACUUUGAUAAUAAGGGUAUUUUCUCGGUGAAAUCUGCAUAUAAACUUUAUGUCAAGCAAAGGGAUACUGAUGUGGAUACAAAUUCGGGUAACACAUUUGGGAGCAAGUUUUGGAAGGAACUUUGGGAUCUGCCUUGUCUGCCUAAAGUUAAACAAUUCAUGUGGAGAUUAGCACAUAAUAGCCUUCCACUGCGUAUGAAUAUAAAAAGGAGAGGUAUUGAAUGUGAUACCCUUUGUGUUUGCUGUAAAAGACUAGAUGAGGAUGGAGCUCACCUGUUUCUGAAAUGCAAAGAAGCAAAGGAGGUGUGGAGCAUGCUGAAAAUGGGAGAUGUCCGUGAUCGUAUGUGCACAUUGGAGUCAGCUGGGGAUGUUUUACAAGAAAUCAUGCUUCUUAAUCAAGAACAGAAGACUCUCAGCUGUUGUCUCUUAUGGCGCAGUUGGCUUCGAAGAAACAAAAUUAAUGCGGAAGGAAAAAGGUUGGCACUUUCAGACCUUGCUGGCCAAGCAAAAUAUUGGGCAAGAGAAUCGAUGCAAUGUAUCAACCAGAAGAGAGAGGAUACGAAGAUUUCGACACAGCCUAAAUGGCAGAAGCCGCCAGCUGAUAAAAUUAAGAUAAACUUUGAUGGAUCCUUCUUUGCUGAUCGAAGUACUGGAGGCUGGGGGUUUAUUGCUAGGGAUGCACAGGGUGAUGUGAGAGGGGCUGGAGCAGGUCCAAUCCAUCAUGUAUCAUCUGCGGUACAAGCUGAAGCUAUUGCAUGUGGUGAAGCAAUCAUGGCUGCCACCAUGUGGGGGAUGGGAAGUAUUAUACUGGAAACAGACUCCAUUAAUCUGGCAAAAGCGUUGAUGAGCACUGAGUUUGAUUUGGCUCCUGAGGGUAUCAUCUUCCGCGACCUACGGUCAUACCUUUCUUUAAAUUUUGUUUCUUCAGAAGUGGUUUUUGCACCACGUGCUUGUAAUAAAGUAGCUCAUGAACUGGCGGCUCUUGGCGUAUCGCAGCAGAACAGUCGUACGCUGUGGGUAGAUACGGUGCCAGAUGAUGUAAUGGUUGUGUUGGCAAGCGAGUUCGCUGUGCCAGGUUAA